ACAAAUACUAUCGCUUUCCCGACGACGUGUAUUUUCUUCCUUACAAACAAAAUUCACAGAUCUCACUUCUUUUUCUCUAUUUCGACUUUCGUUCCUUCUUCUAAGCCUAAACCCAUUUCCAUACUUUCCUUCUCAUUCUCUUUCUGUGUCUUCACGUUCCUGCAUUGCCUUUGAUUCUGUGGAAAAUCUAGCACAAUGUCGGCCAUGGUGGACCAUACAGAUCAAGGGAUUGGAGCAUUAUCCAAGCCAGCUGCCACACCAAACUGGACAAUCAAUGUUUCAGAUAUAAAAACCGUUAAGGUUAGCAACAUUUCUCUAGGUGCUAGUCAGAGGGAUAUCAAAGAAUUUUUUUCAUUCUCUGGUGAUAUUCAAUAUGUUGAAAUGCAAAGAGAAUCUGAAACAACCCAGCUUGCCUAUGUCACUUUCAAGGAUUCACAGGGAGCCGAUACAGCAUUGCUUCUGUCGGGAGCCACCAUAGUUGAUCUUUGUGUCACCAUUACACCUGUUGAAGACUACGUGCUGCCACCUGAAGCCCUUCCAUCAAGCCCGGAGAAAAAGGUAGCUGAUACUAAUCCUGCUGUUAAGAAAGCUGAAAAUGUUGUUAGCACCAUGCUUGCCAAGGGUUUCAUUUUGGGAAAGGACGCCAUCAGUAAGGCAAAAUCGUUCUAUGAGCGGCAUCAAUUGACAUCAAAUGCCUCUGCUACAGUUGCUUCCAUUGACCGUAAGAUAGGGUUGAGUGACAAGCUAAGUAUUGGAACAGCUGUGGUGAAUGAAAAGGUGAGAGAGAUGGAUGAAAGGUACAAGGUAUCAGAAAAGACGAAAUCAGCAUUUUCAAUUGCCGAGCAGAAGGCAAGCAGUGCAGGAUCAGCUAUUUUGAGCAAUCAUUAUGUAUUAACUGGAGCUUCUUGGGUUUCAAGUGCAUUUGGUGCAGUUGCAAAGGCAGCUGGAGAUGUAAGCAUGAUGACCAAGGAAAAGGUUGAGAAGGCUGAGGAAGAGAAAAAGGAGAUCGUUUACAAAGAAAGGACUGGGAUCAUUACUGACUUUGCACAUACCCAUCUGGAUGAACCUCCGGUUGUUCCAGUCAAUUCAACCGAUGACAACAAACUCGGAAUUAUUUGAGUGCUUCGGAUUUUUUGUUUACUCACCACAUCGGAAUUACUUUAUAGAUUGCUGUGUGACAAUUGUUGAUACAAGAAUUCUUUAUGACAUACAAGGAGUCUGUAUUCCAUAGAAUGCUAUAAAUCCUUACGUCAUGUUUGUUAUUCUAAUGGCAUCCAUAUUUGUAUGGCAUUUACUUUGGUUUUUUUGUAUAUCUCUAUAACUCAAAUCUUGGUAGCAAUUUGCUACCUUCUGAAAAUAGCUGAUUUUUAAAUGUGAUUAUAGUUUGCAUUUUUUUACUUUGAA